AUGUCUGAACCGAUUAGAGACCCAGAGAUAGAGCAACCUGCUGCUGAGGAGGAAGGGGAGUACGUUACAAUUAAUGAGGUUGAUGAGAUUGUGCCGGAAGAUGAGAACGAUGCUGAACCAAUAGAAGACGAUGAUGAAGAUGAGAGCCACGACUUAAGUGUCAACCAAGAAGGAAACAUUGAAUUAGAUCUGUCCAAUAACUCCAGAACCUUUUUUGAUACCCAUAAAGAUUCGAUUUUCACAGUGUUCACCCAUCCUACUUUGCCUCUUGUUGUUACUGGCGGAGGUGAUGACACUGCUUACCUAUGGACUACACACACUCAAGUUCCUAAAGUAGUUACAGAAUUAGAAGGACACAAGGAAUCCGUCAUUUCAGGAGGAUUUGCUGGAAAUGGCAGCUAUCUGAUCACCGGUGAUAUGGCCGGUAAAGUUCAAAUUUUCAAGUCCACCAAAAGAGGACAAAAAUGGGACCUCCUCACAAGUCUAGAAGAGGUCGAGGAAGUUGUUUGGGUCAGAGCCCAUCCAACCCAGGAUCUGUUUGCAUUUGGUGCUAGAGACGGUUCUGUCUGGUCGUAUGCCAUUACCGACCAAGGUGUUGACAUUUUGAUGACUGGAUUUUCACAUUCUUUGGAAUGUACCACCGGAGAGUUUUAUGAUUUACAAAACCAGGAUAGUGCUAGCUUACUGACUACAAGUGAGGAUGGCACAAUCGUUGGUUGGAAUUGUUUCACAGGUCAGCAAAACUUUAAGAUUGAGGCUGAACAACUAAAAGGUAUAAUCACAGCUUGGGUCACUAUUUCCAUAGAUCCUGUGUCCAAUAUCGCCGCUGUUGGUAGUAGAAAUGGUCAGAUAGCAAUAAUCAACCCCGGAAAUGGAUCCGUCUUAAACAUUCUUCAAGCGAUUGAGAUCGGAGAAAACGAUGAUGAAUUUGAUGCUUCGAUUGAAGCAUUGGCCUGGAACAGAAGUCAAUCUAUACUUGCAGCAGGCUUGGUUAGUGGUGAUGUCAUUUUAUUCGAUAUCAAUACUUGGAAACCCAGAAGAUCCAUCAAGCUAAGUGAUGCAGUAACCAAACUGAUAUUUGUUGAGAACACUCCAUUUUUGUUUGGAUCGUCCAUGAAUGGAAAGGUAUACAAGUGGGACGCUAGAACUGGUGCUGAGCUGCAUGUAUGUGUUGGCCACUACAUGGGAGUCUUAGACUUUGCUCUACAGACUAAGGACCCACUCACUGUGAUUACAGCCGGAGAUGACGGCGUUUCGUUGGUAUUUGAUAUCCCUAGUUAG